UUCGAAUCUAAAGAAAGAGCCGUAAUUCUCAUCAACAGAGAUUAAGCUCUAUAGUCCGAUUGUCCGUGAAUGCAACGAAACCCGGGGAAAUCAAACAUCGCGGCACUUAGCUCACAAUGAUUGAUUCACCUAGACGUGAGGAUCUGGGGAGCAACAGUGACUCAGAUGAGGAGCUGCCUGUGUUUGAUUUCCUCAAGCCUCGUCCAAGCACCAAUGUAGCCUCCCAGAAAAGCCCAAAGAAACUGGACCUGAACUACUUUCAUGCUAAACCUGCUGUCGUCUCCUCCUCAGUUCUGGGUCAUGCUGCAUCAGCUGAUGUAAUGAUGAUAAGCAGUGAUUCUGAAGAUGAUGUUCCAUACGUCCCUCUGGCGCAGAGACUGAAACUCAGACCGGCCAUUGCUGACCUCACUGAAAGAAAUAUAUCUAAUGUAGCUGGCUCACAGGCCUGCUGUCAGAAAGGCUCUUCGGACUCAGAGCAUCUCCUCACCUUGCGUCAGGAGAGAAGAACGACCCCAGAGGAAUUGGGUGACCUCCUUCUGAGCUCUCUCUCUGCAUCCACCUCUCCUACCAGGAAGACCGCCACAAAACGGACGGCGGAGGAGGUCCGAGCCCCUAGGGAGGAGGCGCUGAGUAGGAGGCAGGCCAGAGAGAGACAGCAGCAGGACAAAGAGGUGCUCAAGCAGGAACAAGAGAGGCAGAAAGCAGAAAGGAAAGCUCUGGCUGAGGCCACCAAGGCCCUGAGGCCAGAGGAGUGCAUCAAGCAUAUGGUGGUAGCUGUUGAUCCAGGUCUGUUGCAGCUGGAAGGAGGCGGGACUCUGCUGUCUUCCGUGCAGGCUCUGGGCUGUAGCUGCGCCAUAGAGAAACAGCCACUCCCACGCAGUGUCACCUGGGCGAGGAGGACUCCAAGUGCACAGCUGAAUGAUGCAGCCUGUGUUCCAGAGCACCAUGUGGUGAUGCAGAUGACGGUGGAGGACUUCAUCACCCUGAUUCACAACUAUAUCCAAGAGGAGAGGCACAGCAGGUCAGACUGCAGUCCCACCCUCACAACGUGGGUCCAGGGACAGCAGAGGCGUCACCCCAACAAAAACCUGAGCCUGGCGGUCAUCGAGCUGGAGAACUAUUUCAGAGCGCAAAAGUCUGAUAGCCAGAAGAGGUUGAGGGAAGCUGUGGCUGCGGAAGAGACAGGAGGAAAAGAGAAGAAAAAACGGAGGAUUGGUCUCACUGAGAAGCUGCCGGAGGUGUCCAGAGUUGACGUGGAGGAGGCUAUGGUCCACCUCCAGCUUCACACCGGCGUCUCCGUCCACUUGUUAUCUACCUGGAAGGAGUUCUCAGACCACAUCACCAUGACGACCAAAGCAGUGGCAGAGGCCCCUUUCAAGAGAGAGCGAGAGCAGACUGCCUUCUCCUUCUACCUGGAGAGCGAGUGGGCGGGGGGCCAGCGGGUGGACAAAGCUGGGAAGGGCCUGCUGCAGGUGUGGAAGAGACAGAUUCAGCAGUUCAACAGAGUGAGCCCAGACGUGGCUGCUGCCAUCUUGGCAGCUUAUCCUUCCCCUCAGCUGCUCAAGAAGGCUUACAGUCAGUGCAGGACCGAAAAUGAGAAGCUCUCUCUUCUGUCUGACCUUCUGAUCCGCAGAGGAGAAGGCAUUACCUCCACAACUCGAAGGGUCGGUCCGGAGCUUUCCAAACGUCUUUACCUCCUGAUGCAUUCCUGUGAUCCUGAGCAGACUCUUGAUGUCAGCCUUUGAUUUCCAAACUUUGUUCCUAAUUUUGCUAUAACCCUCAGCUUCGAUCUAUUGUAGCCCAGAUCAGAGUUGGAGAUCAUGUAAUUGUGGACUACUUAAUCAAUUCAUUCAGAUUUUGUUAUCACUUAUUCAAGUUUUAUACAACGUAUGCCGCUCCAUCCCAAAACAGUUUCUUCUUUUUUUAGCAGAAUAUCUAAUCUGCAAUUAAAGGUAGGAAUGAUGCGAACCUGCACAGGUUGAAAGGUCAUAUGACUUUCUGGCGUCUUUCAAAGAUAUGGUACGUAUUUGCAUCUGGACUUAUGCAGAACAGCUUUGCAGGUGGCAGGUCAGCCCACAGCUGUGGUAACAGCCAUCAAUAUUAAACUGAUGAGCAAAGUGUUGGAGACAGAACUCCUAUGCUAUGGCUUCCCACACCGUCAUGUCAGGGUUAAUGCCAGUGUGUCCUUCCACAGCAAUGGCUCGAUGGACCCUUUGAUGAGGCAAUCAUAAGCAUCCCUUUUGCAAAACUGACAUUAAUUGUCAAACAUGAUACAGAAGCAUGCCAUUAAAACUAGAGCUGGCAUCAGCCAUACUACAGUGAGCCAAUAGUCAUGCUUAUACUUGUCCUUAUCUUUAAUACAGGGUGUGGGAUGACAUGAGUCCAGAUGGAAUAGGGAGAAUUUGGAGUUUCAGUGCGUGGCGAACAAUGCAAUGUUCUUGAUGUGGUCAAUCUGGACCACUCUGGCUCAUGACCACCCACAGUGUAAACCCCCAUCAAACUCUAUCAAUUGCUGGUAACGUUGUCCAAUGGGCCUACAAGAGGUCUGUCCUCUACAUCCGCUGACCUUCAUUCACAGCGCUGACUGUCGGAUGCUACAGCAACGACCUGUUAACACUUAUGCCCUCUGGUGGUCUUCUAAAUGUACCACCUCCAUACAAAUCAAGUUCUUUACCCAUCAUUAGUUUGCAGUACAAAACUAGGUCAAAUUGGAGUAGUUUGUUUGGGUGCCUAUGUUUUCUUUAUCAGUGAGUGUAUGUAUAAAAGCUGUGCAAUAUAUCAAAUAGUAAUCCCAAUUUUAGAGUGUUUAAAAUAACAACCGCUAAAGACUGCUUGGAUGCAUAAGCUAUUAUAUUUUAGGUGCCAUGCAUUAAACUUCUGCUUGCCAAUAAGAUGUUUAUCCUCUUGGAUGGUGUACAGCUACUACAGUAAUUAAGUAUGCUAAGUGUUGUCAUAUGUUGUAGACAUCUAAAUGUAGAGCAUUUAAGCUGCUUCCCAACUUACCGUAUGUCACCUCAUAAUGUAUUUGAGCAAGAUGGGAGAAGGUUGCUUGCCAAAGCUUUGAAUAAAACAAUUGCACAACAGGGCAAACAUCCCAAUCACAGCUGCAGAUCUUAUAUUUCACUGAAAAGGGUUUAAGGUGUUGCAACGGCCCAGUCAAAGUCUAGACAUUACCUUGACUGAAAUGCUAACAAACACCAGCAAACCAUAAGAAACAAAAGCAAUCCAUUUUCUAGAUUCUUCUGUCCUGUCUUGCAGCUCCUCAGUGUGUAGGUUCCAUCCAGUCUCUGUCAGUCAUAAAGAUGUUGCUCCCCUCCUUUCUGAUUUAAUCAGAUGCUGUGUGCAGUGAAACACACCCCUCCCCAUGUUUUUUAAAUGCUGUCCAAUUGAUCUGCCUGUGUCAAUGCACUCCCCCCCCCCCCGUGCCUGCUACCUGCGUGCGUCGAUCCUUGUUUGUGUUGUGGUGUGUAGGGGUAAAAUGCCGCCACAGAUCUGCUCCACUUUGUUUUGCAAUGCCCCACAGCUCAUUUCCACUGCAUUAGAAAAAUGGAACCUGACCAAGUAGUGAUGCGAGCCUGGAACAGAGAAAAAAGAGGGGAAGAGACACGGAUGGGUAACGAGCUGUUAAAUGGGCUUAAAGAGAUGAGCAACAUGCCUCACGCAGCAGGCUCUGUGUGCAGGCAGACACUGGUACACAGCAGCCUAUGAUUCAGGUGGCCUAUAUUGAAGAAUGGACCAUGAUGCACAGCACAGGGGUGCAAGAUUGGCACUGACAGUGUUAAGAAAUGUAAUCAAAUACCAUUUAGGUUGUCAUAAUAAUCAUAAUUAUGUGUUAGAUGUUUUAAAAGAUAGAUUUUCUUUAAGUAUUUAUUUGCAAGAUAUAGAAACGAAACGAGAAUUUUUUAAAAACUGAACAAAGCAAUAGAUUUAUAGGAACCUCUCACUAAUCUUUUAAAAUUCUGAUCUACGAGAAGAGGGUAUGGUUCAGUUAGCACUGUUGCCUUGCAGCAGCAACAAGGUCCUGGUCCGUAUGAAUGUGUAGUUCUCUCUGAAUACUCCAGCUUCCUCUCACAAUCCAGAAGCAUGCAUGCUAUGUUAACUGGUCUUUCUAAAUUGUGUGUUCAUGCAUAUUUGUGGGCCUCUGUUUUGCCAUGUGAUGGACUGGCGAUUGGUCCAGGGUGUACCCCAACAUUCGCCCAAUGAGUGCUGGAAAUGCCAGCCCCUAUGUGAACCUGCAAGGAUUAGUGGCGAAUGAAUGAAGGGGCGGAUAGGAUGGAUCUCCGUUCCAAGGUCCAGAUAGCACAUCCCUUUGCUGUCCCACAA